CGCGGCUGAUGGAGGAAGCAGAGUCUGCUGCUGGAAACUGAUGGGAACCCCACAGUCAGCGGUUUAGCGACCUGUGAAGUCUGUGCUGAACAAAACAACUGGCUCCCACGGCUGCCUAAACGUUCUGAAAAGCGUUUUUAAUACGCUUCUAAGUUAGGUGGAGAUGGCUGGCGGGUGUGGAAAUGACGACCUAUUUGACAGUAUUGUCAUGGCGGAUGAAAGGUUCCGAGGGGAGGGCUACCGGGAGGGAUUUGAGAAAGGGACCCGCCGAGGACUGCAGGAUGGUCGCAGACACGGAGCCUGUCACGGGGCCAAGCUGUCCACUGAGAUUUCCUUCUAUCAUGGGUUUGCCAUCACUUGGAAAUGUCUCCUCCAACAUAAUACAGAUGUCAAAUCCAGAAAGCGUGUGAAAGCACUGGAGGCUGUCCUGGGUUUGAUCCAAAACUCCCCUCAUGAUGAUCCACAGUCUGAAAAGCUACAGGAGGACAUGGACAGACUUCGUGCCAAGUUCAGACAGGUCUGCUCUAUGCUGAGUGUCCCCACUGACUUCAAGGAUUACAUCAAAACUUCUGAAGGGACUUCUUUCUGAAUCUCCAGAUGAUGAUGAUGAUGAUGAUGAUGAUGAUGAUGAUGAUGAUGAUGAUGAUGAUGAUGAUGAUAGAGGCGUCCUGGACAGAAGAGAGGGACGCUGAGCUGCUGUCAGCCAGCAGAUGUCAGUCUCACAGGAAGCAAGUGAUUGGUCUGCAGUGGAUUCCUCGGAGGGUUUGGAGUGUGAAGCAGUGACUGCAUCAGUUUGACAGUCUUUGCCUUCACAUUCUGGUGGGUAGGGCUGUAGGGCACAUGUAGGAGAGUCCACGGCCCUCAAUGAACUGUGUAAGUCUGAGGGAUGAAUGCAGUCACUCUUCACUGUUGAAUUUGCAGUCUGGAACUUUGCUCCAGCAAGAGUCCAGAAACUGUGAGAAGGAGAAAGAAGAGUCUUUUUUUUUUUAUUGUUUGACUGUGGAAAAAGAUUGGACUUGUUGCAAUGAUUCAGUGUGCAGCGGACUUAAAAAAUCAAGGUAGUAGUUAUAGACUGUAAGUCAACGCUGAAGGUUUUACAUAACAGAACAAUCCACGACUACAGCAGAAGACGUCUAAAUAAAGUGUUGGACCAUGA